UAUUUCCCUGCCAUCCAAGCCUCCUAUCAGCAAAGACAGGAUCUGGCUGGGACGGGACCAUGCUCUCCAUGAGUUACGCGGACCCCUGGCCGGAGGGCUCGGUGGGGCUGGAGGAGGAGGUGGUCACGGCCGCCGCUCAGGCCGAGCAGCUGGACCGGAGCUCAGUCGACUGCAACAGCAACAGCUGCAGCUCCGACAAUUUAGACGACAGCCUCACCAGCCUCCAGUGGCUGCAGGAGUUCUCCAUUCUCAACGCCAACGCCUCCCAAUCCAGCCAUCACCACAGCCACUUCUUUAGGAGCCAAGUCGGCUCGGAUGCGCCCUCGUCUCCUUUAGCAGGAGAUCCGGCGUCCAUAGGUAUGCCGCUGACCCCGGGCAAACCCACAGCGGCGUCUUUCUGCAGGACGCCUUGCUUGUCGGCUCUUCCCAGCCUGGUUGCUCACGGACACUGUCCGGAUGAAGUCGAUUAUAAGACCAACCCUCAUAUCAAGCCGCCGUACUCAUAUGCAACUCUCAUCUGCAUGGCCAUGCAGGCCAGUAAGAAAACCAAAAUCACUCUCUCAUGCAUCUAUAAUUGGAUCACAGACAACUUCUGCUACUUCCGCCACGCAGACCCCACUUGGCAGAACUCCAUCCGGCACAAUCUGUCACUGAACAAAUGCUUUAUAAAAGUCCCGAGGCAAAAGGAUGAGCCAGGCAAAGGUGGGUUCUGGAAGAUCGACCCCCAGUAUGCAGAACGUCUCCUCAACGGUGCCUACAAGAAGAGCAGGAUGCCCCCUGUGCAGAUCAACCCAGCUCUUCAGAACCGCCUCAGGAUGAACUCUCACGCUGGACAAGCUGCAGCCACCGCAGGGAUGGCCAGAAACCUUUGCGUGAGUCCCGAGUCCCAGCAGCUCCUGAAAGAGUUCGAGGAAGCCACGGGAGCCGAUCAGAACUGGGACCCUCGUUUGGCUGAAGCCACCAUGUUGAAUUGUUGGGUCUCAGGGAAGGGCAGCAAGAGGAAACAGCCGUACAGGACUGGUGGGAGCAAAGCUCCACGACGCUCAAGCUCCCCACUGCUGUCCAUGGACGAGCAGGAGGACUUAAGCUCCCUGAAGGGCAACUUUGACUGGGACGCCCUGCUAGACUCGGCCCUGAAUGGAGAGUUAAGCUUGAACGAAGGGGGGCCGUUGAGCCCUAUACCACAAGACGAGGACUUGAUGGUUAGAGGCACCCAUAUCAGCCCCCUCGAACUUCCUGGAGGCGUCGUUGAGAACCAUGUGUUGAUGGAAACUCAGAGGAGCAGCGAAGCAGACUUUGAUGAGGAAACCUUCCUAGCCACUGCAUUUCUCCAGAGUCCCUGGUCGGAGGUGGAAGAGGGCAACCGUCCCGACUUCCUCUGUAGCUCAACGGUCAGCAUCGAUCAACUCUUUGACCUGGGAGACUCUCUCGGAGGAGACUUAAGCAGUAAGAUCGAGUCUCUCCUUUGAAGAGGUCAUCAGUGACACUUGAGAUUCAGGCCUUCGGACACAAACAAGUCAACGAACAAAGAGGGUUUGGACUGUUUACCCCCAAAGAUUUCAUGCUGGAUUCCAUGAAGCCCACGUGAAGAUGUAUUUUUAAAAGCGUAUCUAUUUCUACUACUGAUUUUUACGAUUAUGUUUUUGUAUUUGACAUGUUAUCUACCUGCAUUACAGCUAAUCUAAUCAAGAUCCUUAGUGAGUCCCUAUCAAAUGCUUGGAACAUGGGAUUCGGUGACUGAGCAUGUAUGGAGGUAGACAAAAAAAAAAAAAGAGAUGCAAAUUUGUUGUUUACAAUUCAACUUUACAUAGCAGAACUGAAUAGUUGAGACACCUUAUGGAUGAAGUCAAAUAUGUUAGACAUAUUAUAUCAUACUCAAACAAACUCUUUAAGCAGAACUUUAAAUCAACUGUGCAAAUGAAAUUGUGCAUUAUGCAGCCUUCCUUGCGACU